AUGGCCGGCAACGAGGGUUUCGCCACCAAGCGCGUGCUGGGGCGGUGCACGGCCGAAGAGAUUUCCUCCAAUCCCGCGCAGCAGAAGUCAGCCAUCGACGGGUUCGGCACGCCGGAGCGAUGCGCCACCGAGCCUACGGCGUUAAACCGCGAGUAUGCUCUUCUGAAAAGGAAGGCCAAGGAGGCAGAUCAGGAUCAUGAUGAAGAGCAGGAGCAGGAAAAGGAGAUCAAUGAGAUUCUGGCCACGGCAAAACUCCCCAGACGCGCUGAUGUUGUGUCUGUGGCCGCCGCCGAGCCUAUGGUGGUCGACCCCUUCCUGGAGCAGGGCAUCGCUAAGGCAACGUUUUCUGGGCCUCAGGCUGACGCAGAGAUCGAGGAGCCUGUUUCUGAGCUUCAGGCUGAGGCGGAGAUUCAGGAGCCUGUUUCUGAGCCUCAGGCUGAGGCUGGGGAACAGGAUGUUUAUGCUGAUGAGGAUGCCGAUCUUUAUUAUCAAGAUGAUGCUGACUAUGAUGGUUAUUAUGAUGAGGAUGAGGAUGACUAUGAGUCUGAAUAUGACGAUGAUGAUUAUGAAUCUGAAUACGAGGAUGAUCAUGAUUAUGACUGGGAGUCUGAAUUUGCGAAGCACCGGCCAGUGGUCAGGGAGACGUUGUUAAACUUUCCCGAGGCCGCCAAUCUGGAACCUCAAGAGCUGGAUGCCGCGGUGGAGAGGGUCCUCGAGCAGUCCAAGCCCGAGUACAGGGACGUGGCCGCCCCAGGCAAGGUUCGUCUGCUGAAAAACGACAUAAGGCUGAUCUUGGCCGACAAGUGGGAGCCCCCCAACAUCCACAUCCUUCCGUCCACAAUAUCCCCCGCUGAUAUGAUCAAGAGAAGCGAGGAGCUGGACAAGGAGCUGCCGCCGGGGAACGACAAGGAGGCCGAUGACAGGUUUGGAGAGUUGCAGGCCAAGGUCCGCAAGGAUCUGAUCGAGAAGGGGUACGCCGAGGUUGACGAAGACUACUAUGACAACAGUGGCAAAUUUUGGGAGGAGCUGAGGGAAGAGUGGAACAAGAUUGACUUCAGCCGCUUCCGCUUCGCCAGCAGCGAGGACGGGAUCCUCCGUUAUUCCGAAGAACUUGGGGAUUUUAUAUGA